AGUUUAAUCAGAAGGACGCGUGAUCAACAACACACCUGCUCUCUAACCAACACCGCCUUUCCUUUUUUUUGUUUGGUUGGAGACACCUGAGAAGAUGAAGACUGCUGUGGUAUGUCUGCAUGCUGUUCUUGUACUCAUUCUGCCUGGUACUGUUCUCUGCGGUCUAUUGUGUACGCAGCAGCACUUAUGUCAAUGUGCCCUGCCUAAUAAUACCUAUAUAGACCUGACCCCACUAGCUAACGUCACAUUUGACCAGCUAUUCCCUACUGGGGAUUAUAAAUAUGCAAUUAAUCUGUGCCAGCCAUUCAACAAGGCAGAAGAUUGUACUAAUGUAUAUGCUUGUCAGUACAACAACGAAACAGGGAAAUUCAAUGCACUAGGAAACAAUGAGCCAACCUUUAUUGACAUCAAUACACUCAUGCUAGAGAACAACACCAGUAAGGUCUACAUAGAGCUCUCGUGUUCUGGUGAAGAUUACACUUUGGACUUUGGGAGCCAAUUUUCGGAGAGAUCACCUUUUAAUUUCACUUUAAAAAGCAAGUAUGCUUGCCCGCUGAACGGAUCGUUACCAACAACAGCACCAAACACAACAUCCUCCUUCGUGACCACACAUGGUAUCAAUGUUACAACCACUGGUUCAACACUAUCAACCGUCGUAACAACCAGCGUGAAAACGUCAGCAUCAAGCGCUACAACCACCAAGGGAACUUCAACGCAGAAGCCGCCAACCACGUCUAGCCGUAACCCAACCACGUCUAGCCGUAACCCAACUUCGACGACGAUAAAAGUGUCAUCGACGACUCACAAAGGAGCGGCUCCAGUUUUAAGCUCGAUGACAACUCCUAUCAUGGCAGUGGCAGUGCUAAUAGCAGUAUUUAUUUCAAAAUGACCUUGACCGAGCUAUAUUAUGUAACAUAUCCAGCCAAUGGAGCACUAGUUUCGAAUUUCACAGAAUAUUUUGGGUCAUUGAAUUACAAAAGUUGGCAAAUACCUUUUGUCCAUGUUUACUACGAAAUAAAAUAUGUACGAAAUACUUUAAACAA